CACCCACCAUUGUCUUCAUUGUGUUUUCUCUAUUUCUCUGAACUUGAUUCAGCGAAACACUGAAACCAAACCAAAACAUUUCAUACAGAACAAAGUGCCUUAAAACCACCUGCCUACACACUGACACGAAACCUUUCAAACUAUUUUACAUAGUCCACUGACAUAAAGACGGACCCUCUCCAGGGAACAGGUGGGACUAUAUCUACACAGGCAGCUCAUCCUCAACUUGCAAUCAUUCCCUGUAGAAGAAACAGAGAGAUCGUGAGAAUUCAUCCAGACGUGAAGAUGUUGGCAGUCGUGGUUGUUUUAUUCCUGGCAGCUGGCGUGAGUGAAAGCGUGAUUUUGAGUAAAUGUGAGCUGAAGCGGCAGCUUGAAAGAGGCCUUACUCUGCCAGCUCCCAAUUCUACAGACAUACUGGCACAGAUCGUGUGUCACGUCGAGCUGACCUCUGGCUUCAAUACCAGCGCCAUUAAGACGAUCGCUGAGCCAGAAGAGCACAGCAUUGUUCAGGGUUCUCGCCAUCGUAGGUCUGUCAAAGGAAAAGGUCCACGCACCACCCCCAGGCCAGCCACCCGUGCACCCCGUUUGGGAAGUGACGAGGACAAAAGUGAGGUCUGGACUCUUUAUGGCUUGUUCCAGCUUAGUGACCACGUGGUGUGCCGCUCUACUCAAAGUCAUUCACUGAACCUCUGCGGGCUGACCUGCGACAAGCUGAUUGACAGUGACACCAGUGAUGACAUAGCCUGUGUCCAGGCUCUUAUAAAUGCAGUAUCUGCGCCGAAUCCUGACCCCAAGACUUCUAAACCCAUCCAUAAAAUGAUCUCGCUGAUCCACCAGCCACAGUGCAUCACCGUGAACACCACUUCAUUCUUCGCCGGCUGUUAAACACCCUGAAUUCAAGACCUCUUGAUUUAAGUCCUGACCUCUUGUAGCUCCCUGCUUUAUUAUUGCAUUUCUGUGCAUUUCUAUUCGUAGCUUUCUUGCAAGACAACAAAUCCCCAUCACAAGUACCUUGUGUUGUGUAUAUGAGUCAUUAAAACCAUUUGA